AUGGAUUAAAAAACUAAAGUAGAAGUAUAUUAAUAAAAUAAUAAAGCAGGCAGAUCAAUGUGAUCAUUAACAUAAGUAUUUUAAAUAGAGCAUGCCUUUAUUAUUAAGUUAAUUUAUCAAUAUUAGAUUAAAUUAGCCUCGUUAAGAUGAACGUAAAUAUUAUUCAGAAAUUAUUAAGCAAGUAUUAGAUUUUAUUUAAAUUAUUAAGUAAGCUAAAGCUUUUAGCAUUGAUAGAUGGUAAGAAAUUAUUGAAAAAGAAGAAUUGUAUUAAAUGUCAUUGACAGGCCAUUUAAUUAAAGCAAUUCAAUUAUCAGAUGGAAAUGCAACUUUAAGUAAUUUAAUAAGUGUUACAGAACCAUACCUUCCAUUUUUAAGAAAAUAAAAUGGAAAAAAUUUUACAGGAUUGGCAAUUCGUACUGUUAAAGGAUGUUUGUCUGCAGUAGUUUUUAAAAGGAAUGAUGAAUCAACAUGGUCAGUAGAUGAAACUAAAGUAGAAGAAUUCAUUUUUUAAGCAAAUAAAAAGCUUUUUUAAUUCUUCGAGAAAUUAAAGAAAAAUUUUCCAAAUUAUGAUAAUAUCAAACUGGAAUAUACUUAAAGAAAAACAAAAAAAAGAAUCAAAACUGAAUAAAAAAAAGAUGAUGAAUAAUAUAAUGAUGGAUACUAACCUUUUUUAUCUUAAAAAUUAGAUAUUCAAGAUAAUAUAAAAGUUGAAUAUCACUAUUAGAAUUUUGAUUAAAAUAUUAAUACUAGAAUUAAAUCUGAUUGGCAUUAUUCUAUAAGUGAUAAUAUUUUUAAAAGUUUAGAUUGUUUGAAAUAAGGUGAAAAAAUAGAUGAUCAAUUUUUAGGUAAUUUAAUAUGGUUCUGUAAUAUUAAACAUUAAUUAGAUAAAAUUUAAGAAUGUUAAAAAUUUAUUGAUUGA